GGACUUGCGGUGAGAUUCUAUCACUAUGAACAUUUUAUCUAAAAUAGAACAGAGAUAGAUUUGAGAGAUAUUAGGGUAGCUGAAACUAUUUUGAGGAGGAUGUGAAUGUGCGUAUAAGUAUGUGUUGAUUAUUAGGCUCACACUCAUACCUACCCUCAAGGUAAUAUUAGUGAAAAUGAAACCUAAACUGAUAAAGAAAUAAAUGUUGUUUUUUCCAUCAAUAAACUUUUCUAUAGACUAUAAUUUUGCAUUUCACACGACCUAUGUUUAAAAUACUUUUACAUGAAAUAAUUUAUGAAUUUAUUCUCUAAUUUUUCAGACAAUUAAUAAAUAUGCAAAGUACAACUGAAAUUAAAAAAAAUACAUUAGUCUAUGACAGUCUAAUGAAUAGUGUUCCCGAUUAUUCCCGUUUUUUCACUGUGGAUGAACUUAUCAAUCGUUCACGUAACCUGGCACUCAAACAUUCGUCUUUAGUACAAUAUCGAGAUAUUGGACAUUCUCAAAAUGGCGAGACUAUUCCAAUGUUAACAAUAGGCAAUGGCGCGAAGUCUUUAUUACUUUAUGCAUGUCCACACCCAAACGAACCAGUCGGAACACUUUUAAUCGAUUUUUUACUUGAUGCCUUAUUCGAUCAUUCUGACUUACUCAGUAAAUACACUUGGCAUUUGAUACCAUGUGUAGAUCCAGAUGGAACACGUCUUAAUGAAGGUUGGUUUACCGGUCCAUUUACUAUUAGUAAUUAUGCACGAUAUUUUUAUCGACCACGUUUACAAGAACAAGUUGAGUGGACUUUUCCAAUAACAUAUAAAAACUAUAGUUGGACAACACCUUCGAAUGAAACUCAAGCAUUAAUGUAUGCUAUUCAAUUAGUUCAACCAGAUUUUGUUUAUGGCUUACAUAAUGCUGGUUUCGGUGGCAUGUAUUAUCAUAUUAGCCAUUCUUUCGCUGAUAUAUUUCCUCAGUUAGCACGUUUUCCAUCUUCAUUAGGAUUAUUUCUGGCUAAAGGUGAACCUGAGGACCCUUGGAUAACCGAGUAUGCAUCUGGGAUCUAUCGAACUAUCGGUUUAUCAGAGGCAUAUGACUAUUAUGAAAAACAUACGCAAACCGAUCCUGAAACACUCAUGUGUGGGGGUAGCAGUAGUAGUGAAUAUCUUAGAGAGAUUGGUCUACAUAAAACAAUAUUUCUUGUAACAGAAGUACCAUAUUUUCAAUCACCUGUUGUCACAGAUAAUACAAUCAUUCCAAAUGUUACACGACGUGAUGUACUUCUUCAAGGACUUGAUGAAGAAGAUCAAAGUAAUGCUAUUCUAAUGAAUUUACUUGAACAAAUUAAAACAGCUAUGACACUUGACUCAGCAUUGUAUCGCGCUUCUCGUUCAUCAUUAGAGUUACGUAAUACAAUGGCUACAAAUUAUCGACAAGCUAUCCUGAAUGAUGAUUGUACUCUUGAAUCAGCGACGGUUGCUAGUCGAGCAGAUGCAUUAUAUAUUUCAUUAUUUUAUAAAAUGUUAACUGUAAGUAUGUUAGAUCGUGCAAUCACGUUACAAAUUCAACAAAAAUCUGGAGAUAUAAAAUUACUUGAAAAUGUUCAAAGAGAACUUGAACGUCAUCUUAAUAAUUGGAAGAAUGAUAUUGAACAAAAUUUACCUUAUACACCUAUUCCUAUUCGUACACUUGUCCAAUCACAACUCGGAGCAAUGUUAAUAGUAUUACCACAACUAGACUGA